GGCGCGGGCCGGUCCAGGCGAGCUGGUGGUUCGGGGGGAAGCGCGCCUCCAGGUGAUCUAUCCGGAACGUGGUACGAUUCGCGUGGCGGGCGGGCACGAUCAUGAGGCGCUCGCAGAAGCACCGAGAGGCGAAGGCGCACUUGCAGCUCUCACGGUCACGGGCGCGGCGCGCAUGGGUCGGCACGCCCGUUUCAAGGGUCGGCUGCCAGCUGACAAGCUCAGGUGUUGGCGGCGUCUGGACGCGAGCACUGUGAGCAGUGCGAGCAAGAGGCUGGGCGACGAUGGAGAGGGAGAGACCCAGCAUGAGGCCCGAGAGUUUGCGUCAGAGGUUGGUGCUGCUGCAGCCUCCAGGCCGCAGAUCCAUCUGGACUCUACUUAUUUAUACGGACACGUUUCGCGCGGCUGGCACGGCGGCUCUCAUGACGUCUGGAGCGUCUCCUAUUGCUGUUGCUCUAACCCCUCGAUCCCGCAAUCAUGGCCGACAAGCCGAGCCAGACGCAGGCCGCCCCCGUUGCUGCUGCUGUUAAUGGCGGGGACAAGAGGCCGAACGUCAAGUUCUUGCCCUCGCAGAUUGGCUCCAACGACGUCUCUGCGCCUCUGCCCUGGACCGGUAACCCUUGGCAGCUGGUCUGGGGCGACAUUCGUCUUUUCUUCGCCGUCAUCGGUUAUCUACCUGUCAUUUUCUUUCCCUUCUCCAAAAACCCUGGGGACGAAACCUACCCCGAGUGGAACAACGUUGUCCAGAUUGGUUGGCAGAUCUUCCUGGUCAUCUACCAGGUCGCUUUCGUCCUCUCCUUGCCUUUCUGCCUCGCGGUACCCCUGGGGUGGUUCAUUGUCUACUGCGUUACUGCAAUCUGUCUAAACAUUCCCAUCUGGUGGAUUGUCAACGGCUUCGACCCAACGGUGCAAUCUCAGCCUAAGAUUGCUUCCGACAAAGAGCACCCCGAUGAGUACUGGAUCUUCAUCAAUGGCGUCUCUGUUGGGCGAUACUGGCUCCAAGCCAACGUCGACCGUCUAGCCAAGAUCUUUGGACGGCCGGUCACGGGCAUCCACAACCCGACCAACGGCAUGAUCUUCGAUCUCAUCCAGUGCAUGGUAGAGCGCAACUUUGGCUACUCGACGCAAGACGUACGCGAUGCGUACAAGCUCGUCAAAGAAGCGUUGAUGGACGAGAAGCGCAAGAAAGUCAUGCUGAUCCUCCACAGCCAGGGUGGCAUCCAGGGCGGACUGAUUGUCGACUGGCUGCUGGCCGAGAUGCCUGGCGACAUCAUGCGUAAACUCGAGGUGUACACGUUUGGGUGCGCAGCCAACCACUUCAACAACCCGCACCGCAGCUCCGGGCGCCUAAAGGAUGACGAGGCCGCCCAACGCUCCCACUCCAAGCACAAGGUCAUCCGCUACAUCGAGCACUACGCCAACGACAGCGACUUCGUCGCCAACUGGGGCAUCCUCAACUUCGCCCACAUCGCCAACCGCUUCAUGGGCCGCCUGCUCCAGCGCGAGGGCAUGGGCCACCUGCUCAACCAGCACUAUCUGAACUACAUGUUCCCGCUGGGCCCCGACGACCGCGCCCUCGAGACCAACGAAUUCAUGGAGACGGACGUCUCGCACUCCGAGCACGACCAGGUCCCCAACCGCGAGGGCUUCGUCGCCAGCUUGUGCGAUAUCCUCGACGGCAGCUCCGACGAGGAAGACACGGCCGUCGUUCGCGAUUCCGACACUACCGUCAAUCCCGUCGACGGCCUGCUCGAGUUCAAAAAGAAACUGCCCAAGGAAGUCGCGGAGAAGCUUCCGCGCAAGCCCAAGGUUAAAGACUUUAGUCGGCUGUGGCAGUAUCGUAAUGGCGGAACUCCGGAGGAGAGAAGGAGGGCUUGGAAGGCGCGUGCCGGGCUGCCUCAAGCAGACACGGAAUAAAUACGAGAUGACUUGAUAACAUAAGAAUGUGUUAGAUUAGGAGACACCCGGCGAUCUCGGGUGCUUGUAUCGCCAUGUAUGCUAUGUAGAGAUUAGAAGCAAAGUGAACUGAUCAUAAUUGGCCAA